AUGACCUCGCCAUCCCCAAACCAGCACGGCAUCAGCACUCCCCCACCCCUGACCGAGAAGUCCCCUCAAGAUAUGUCCUCCGACACCAACCCCUCGGAAGCAUUCCAAAAACAACAACUUACAACAAUCCUCCUCCUAACAGCCACCUCCCUAAUGGCCAUGUUCCUAAUCGCGCUGGACAGAACAAUCGUCACCACCGCCAUCCCCAACAUCACCGAUGAAUUCACCUCCCUCCCCGACAUCGGGUGGUACGCGAGCGCGUAUCUAAUAGCGAGCGGCGCGUCGCAGCUCCUAUUCGGCAAGAUCUACUCCCUGUACAACGUGAAGACGGUCCUACUGCUAAGCAUCCUGCUAUUUGAAGUUGGGUCUGCUGUGUGCGGAGCGGCGCCGAGCUCGGUAGUGUUUAUCACUGGCCGGGCAGUGGCUGGAGUUGGCGCGGCGGGGAUUCUGGCUGGAUCUGUAGUGACGAUAACGCGUGUUGUUCCGCUGGAGAAACAGCCGGGGAUGAAUGGGCUGCUGGGCGCUGUGUUCGGAGUUGCGAUUAUACUCGGCCCUUUGGUUGGCGGCGCGCUUACGUCGAAUACGUCGUGGCGGUGGUGCUUUUAUGUUAAUCUGCCUGUUGGGGGAGCGGUUAUGCUUGUCCGGGCGUUUACGAUCAAGGUCCCCAACUCGAAGACUGUUAGCCUCUCGUGGACGGAGAAGUUGUGGCAAUUGGAUCCUCUGGGCGCUUUGUGCCUUGUACCUGGUGUGAUCUGCUUGGUGUUGGCACUGCAGUGGGGAGGUCAGGCUUAUGCGUGGGAUAGCGGCCGUGUUAUCGCACUAUUGACUGUCACGUCAAUCUUGCUCGUCUCCUUUGUUGCUGUCCAGAUAUACUUUCCAAAGACGGCAAUGGUCCCCCCUCGGUUACUCAAGCAACGUAGCGUCGUUGCAGGUUUGUGGCAAAUGUCCUUCGUCGGUGCCGGGAUGUAUGUCAUCAUCUACUACCUCCCGGUCUGGUUUCAAACCGUCAAAGGCGACUCCGCAGUGAAAGCAGGCAUCAAACUCCUUCCGUUGAUGUUGUCAAUGCUAAUCGCAUCGAUUCUCUUUGGGGCCGUCACCCAGAAGCUCGGAUACUACACGCCAGUCGGGAUUCUUGGAGCUGCCAUCAUGGCCAUUGGAGCCGGACUGUUCGUUCUACUCGAAGUCGACACAGGCCAUGCAAAGUGGAUCGGCUAUCAGGUUGUGUUCGGCUUCGGCAUGGGUCUUGCCAUGCAGACACCUACCAUUGCUGUUCAGACAGUUCUGUCGUCACGCGAUGUUCCCAUCGGGAUGGCCUUGCUGUUCUUUGGGCAGCUCGUAGGUGGCGCGAUUGGCGUCCCUAUAGCGACGAAUAUACUGAGUGUUCAGUUACUGAGCAAGCUUGCCCGAGUUUCUGGGUUCGACAAGUCGCUGGUUACAUCUGGCGGUGUCACGGGACUGAUCAGCUCGCUGCCGGUGGAAAUGAAGCCGGCUGUUCUUGAGGCAUAUAAUGCGGCGCUCCAGGACGUAUUCAAAGUUGGGGCGGUUCUCACGGCGUUGGCUUUCCUCGGCGCAGCAGGGUUGGAGUGGAGGAGCACGCGCGAGGGUGCUGUUAGAUCCCCUCCAGCAGAUGAAGAGAAGGACGGUGAAGUUGUUGAGACGAGUGCGACGAUGUUUUAA